AUGGCUUCGCAGGAGGAGAAACCCCCGGUCGAGACCAACCGAGUCGACGAUGCCACCGAGAAGGUGCCCGGCUUACACGGCAAGGAAGACCUGGACGAUGCCCAGAGAGCGACACAGGCUGAGCAUGAGACGACAUUGAAGCAAGCUCUACGAGAGAACUAUAUGGCCAUCAUCUGGUCGGCCAUCGUCUCUCUGACCAUCGUCAUGGAAGGCUACGACUUGAAUCUGAUGCAGAACUUCUUUGGCUACCCCUCCUUCACGGCCAAGUUCGGCACCUACGACCCAGGGAGCGAUUCGAACCAGCUGACCGGCGCCUGGCAGGCGGGUCUUGUCCAAGGAACCAACGCCGGCGUCAUCAUCGGCGGGUUCAUGAACGGCUGGUUCUCGUCUCGGUACGGCUACCGACGCACACUCAUGGCGGCACUGGUCUGUCAGACCGGAUUCAUCUUCAUCUCCUUCUUCGCAGUGAGUAUCGAGAUGCUCUUGGUCGGCCAGAUGCUCUGCGGUCUCACCUGGGGAGUGUACGCCACAACCGGUCCCGCCUAUGCCUCGGAGGUUUGUCCGCUUGCCCUGCGCGGGUAUCUGACCGUAUACGUCAAUCUUUGCUGGGCAAUGGGUCAAUUCAUCAGCUCCGGCAUCAUCCAGGGUCUUGUCUCCAACGAGACUCAGUGGGGAUGGCGCAUACCCAUAGCCGUCCAGUGGGUUUGGCCCGUGCCCAUUGUCAUAGCGAUCAUCUUCGCGCCGGAAUCGCCGUGGUGGUUGGUUCGCAAGGACCGAUUUGACGAAGCCCUCCACGUGCUCUGCCGCUUGACCACGAGAUCCGAAGAACACUGCAGAGCCAGUCUCAGCCAGAUCCAGCACACGACAAGACUGGAAGAUGAAAUGAACCACGGCGUAAGUUAUCUGGACUGCUUCAAGGGCGUCAAUCUGCGGCGCACGGAGAUUUGCAUCAUGGUCUUUGUUGGCGCACAGCUCUCCGGAUCGAACUUUGCGUAUUCGCCGUCCUACUUUCUAUUGCAAGCAGGACUGGGCGUACAAGAUGCGUACAACUUCGGCCUCGGCGGCACUGCUCUAGCUUUCGUUGGAACAAUGCUCUCCUGGAUCCUCCUCACCUACUUUGGCCGGCGGGCCAUCUUCCUGGCAGGCAUGCUGGGCGACGCAAUCGUUUUGUUCGUGGUUGCAAUCAGCUCGGCCGCGGCACCGAAUGCUCAAGAUUCCCUCUGGGUUCAGGUGUCUUUUAUGAUGCUGUGGCAGGCCAUCUACUCCCUCAGCGUCGGGCCCAUUGGAUAUGCAAUCGUCUCCGAAACUUCAGCCGUCCAGCUUCGUCCGCAGACGGUCGUGCUCGCUCGCAACUCUUAUAAUGUUGUAUACAUUAUCUGUGGAAUCCUCAAUCCGUACAUGAUCAACCCCACUGAAUGGAAUCUUCAAGGCAAGACCGCGUUUGUGUGGGCAAGCACUGCUAGCUUGAUGGUAGUAUGGAUCUUCUUUAGACUACCGGAGACGAAGGACCGCACAUACGAAGAGCUCGAUGUCCUCUUCAGUCACAAGAUCCCGGCUCGGGGUUUCAAGAAAGCCAAGGUGGAUGCUUACGGUGAGACUGUAGACUAG